AAGGAGUCGCAGCGGCCGCUGGCCCAUGAGUGCCUGGGAGAAGCCCUGCGCGUCUUGCGCCAGGUCAUCAACAAGUACCCGCUGCUCAACACCCUGGAGACCCUGACGGCCGCAGGGACCCUCAUCUCCAAAGUCAAGGGUUUCCAUUACGAAUCCAACAAUGAGACAGACAAGCGGGAGUUCGAGAAGGCCCUGGAGACCAUUGCAGUGUCCUUCAGCAGCACCGUGUCCGAGUUCCUCAUGGGGGAGGUGGACAGCAGCACCAUCCUCUCCAUCCCACCCAGCGACCAGAACCAGUCUAUGGAGAGUCUCUACGGAGGGAUCCCUGGGCCUGGAGGAGAUGGCAUGCUGUCUGGCAUGGAAAGCUAUGACACAGUCCGCCCACCCGCAGAGGAGGUGGAUGUCAUGCUGCAGCGGUGUGAGGGCGGAGUAGAUGCUGCCCUCCAGUAUGCCAAAAACAUCUCCAAAUACAUGAAGGACCUCAUUGGUUACCUGGAGAAAAGGACCACACUGGAAAUGGAGUUUGCCAAAGGGCUUCAGAAGAUGGCAAACAGCUGCAAGCAAACCAUCACUCAAGAGACAAGCAUGCCGUUCCUGUCGAUUUACUUGCUGGCUCUGGAGCAGGACAUGGAGUAUGGGACAUCAGUUUUGCAAGCUGCCAGCACCUUGCAGCACCAAACCUUCCUUCAGCCACUAACAGUGAGACGCCUUGAACAUGAAAAGCGAAGGAAGGAGAUCAAAGAGCAGUGGCACCGGGCACAGAGGAAAUUGCAAGAUGCAGAGGCCAACCUGCGCAAGGCCAAGCAGAUAUACAUGCAGCGCUGCGAGGAGCAUGAUAAGGCUAAGUACAUGGCAGCAAAAGCGGAGGAAGAGCAGCAGAACACCACCAGCAGCAUCACCACCAAAACCCUGGACAAGAAAAGGCGGCUGGAAGAGGAAGCCAAGAACAAGGCAGAUGAGGCAAUGGCCACAUAUCGGACCUGCGUUGCGGAUGCAAACACCCAGAAGCAGGAGUUGGAGGAUACCAAGGUGAAUGCCUUGCGGCAGAUCCAUGAAGUGAUCAAACAAAGUGACCAGAUCAUCAAAUUGGCCACGAUCGCCUUCUACCAGAUCAUGCACAUGCAGACUGCUCCACUGCCUGUCUACUUCCAGACGCUUUGUGAGAGCAGCAAACUCUAUGAUCCUGGGCAGCAGUACGCCUCUCAUGUCAAGCAGCUGCAGCGAGGAGACGAACCUGAGAUCCAAUACGACUUUGAGCCUUAUGUGUCACAUAACGCCUGGUCCCCCUUUAUUCGGACACGGAAAGGCAGCUUCAAUGCCAAUGACUUUGCAACAAAUGCCAGCUCUGAUGGAGCUGGGCUGCCCAAAGAAGGGAAUAUCUCAGAUGGAGGGGCAGGAGCCAAGGAGCAGCAAAGUGGAGCUGUGGCAGUUGACAGGAGAGGUGGGAGGGGACACCAGGUUCAUAAAUCUUGGCCAACCUCUAUUACUGAAGUGGACAGCAGCCUGGAUUCAAAUGCAGGUGAAUUCAGUCAUAAACUGCAGCGAUUGUCUUCCAAUGGCACCAUGUCCUCCAGCGAGGAGCUGGAAGAGAAGGAUGAGAAUGCCACCUCCUUUGAGCAGAGUAUCAAUGGGAUCACCCCAGAAAUGACUGCUCCAACAGGACCUUUCCGAAAUGUUGGCUUAUCCAAGGCUGCCCAAACUCAUCGGCUGAGGAAGCUCCGUGCCCCUUCCAAAUGUCGGGAGUGCAACAGCUACGUUUACUUCCAGGGAGCAGAAUGUGAGGAGUGCUACCUUGCCUGCCACAAGAAGUGUCUGGAAACUUUGGCCAUCCAAUGUGGGCACAAGAAACUCCAAGGGAAGCUGCAACUUUUUGGGCAAGACUUCACAAAGGCUUCUCAGGGUAGUUCAGAUGGCAUCCCCUUUAUCAUCAAGAAGUGUAUUUCUGAGAUUGAGAAGCGGGCACUGAAAACCAAGGGCAUCUACCGAGUUAAUGGUGUAAAGACACGUGUGGAAAAGCUUUGCCAGGCAUUUGAGAAUGGGAAAGAGCUAGUGGAGCUAUCCCAGGCUUCCCCUCAUGAUAUCAGCAAUGUCUUGAAGCUCUAUCUGAGACAGCUGCCAGAGCCCAUUAUGCCCUUUCGCAUGUACAAUGAAUUCAUGGGCCUGGCCAAGGAGAGCUUACAAGGCAGCGGCGAGGCCAAAGGCAAGAAUGGUAAAGGGGUUCCUGAGCUGGUGGACAAAGGAGCCGAGACAGACAAGGUGGUUGUGACCCUGGUGUUGAAGCUGAAGGAGCUGCUGAAGGAGCUUCCUUGGGAGAACAUGGCCACGCUCCAGUACCUUCUGCAGCACCUGAGAAGGAUUGUGGAAGUGGAACAGGACAACAAGAUGACCUCAGGCAACCUGGGCAUUGUCUUUGGGCCAACACUCAUGCGGCCAAGGCCCACAGAUGCCACUAUUUCUUUGUCCUCACUGGUUGAUUAUCCCCACCAAGCUCGCAUCGUCGAAGCACUCAUCAUCUUCUAUUCGACUAUCUUUGAGAACAAGGACACCACGCUGCUGGCUGAUUCCAGCAAAUACGCUGCAGAUGCCGAGGAGGAGGCAGCCAGCUGCUCUAAUGUGGAGGACAUAGGCUCACAGACCACAGCUCCUCAUGGCAGCGUUCCCUACCUAGACCUGCCUUCAGAGCAGGGGAAUUUGGAUUACAGUGCAGACUCAUACGGAGAGUCUGGCGAUCGCUCAGUUGAUUCUGACUCCGAGCUGGAAGACAGCGGGGAGCUGCUGGCUACCACAGACAGAGACACAAGAAUCCAGCUCACAAAACAGGGGAGCGAGACGAGCACGGACGAAGCCCAGUUCUGCGAUGACGGGAGCGAGGGACAACGGAGCCGAACCUGCAGCACAGGCCAGUCAGAUGCAGAAUACACAGCUUCCCGCUGCCUCAGCCCCCCAGGAGAAGAGCAAAGUGAUCUGGAAGAAUACCCCAAAAGCAGCCUCUCUCCUGCUCACACAGACUACAACACAAACCAAUCCAAUAACACAUCUAUGCCUGUCACUGCACACGGCACCAGCUGCUGCCCAGCAUUUGACAACAAGGAGCCACACAAAGAGCAACACACAGGCUGUGAACAAGCUCAAGGGACAGAUUUUCCUAGCUGCAAAGUCCUGAGCAUUACAUGACCUCUCAGGUAUUUUUUUUUUUUUUUUGCUUUAAACAGACAUUAGGUCUCCAACUCUAAGCUGCAACAGCAGUCAAAAGUUGCAAACCUAGGACUACACCUCUGUUCCUCCAGCUGCCCAUGAGAGGGGACUUGCUCUCUGCCCAGAUGCAAGGGUAGACUCUUCCUCUGCAGUACUGCCAUUGCCUGAAUCAGUAUACAGCCCCUGCCAGAAAGGGUUGGGGGGGAUUUUUGUUUUCUGUUUUGUUUUUUAGUUUGGGAUUUUUGUGUUUGUUUAAGAAAUGACCCUUCAACAUGUAUCUACUACCUCUGCUGGCAAAGGAACUUAAAGGGUUAAACAGGACCAGCCAAAAUUUUUCUCAAAGCUAUGACACUUUUCUGCACUGAAGCAUAGGAGAAAAAAAAAAAAGGUAGAUACUAAGCUUGAAGGAGCUGAAAGCUGUUUCCUCUGAUUACCCUGCUUGUACCUGGAUUUGGACUGCAUUCCUAUAGCCGUUGUUGAACAUCACUAGACUCAAUCUAGCAGAGCCUAUGAUGAAUGAAGACCAAGAGAUUCCUGUCCAAGUUAGAUGCACAAGGGCUAGUGCAUACAAGUGACUAGUAGCCCACAGCUCCUAAGAAAUUGCACAGAUCCAAAGCUGGUUUUUAAUAAGUUAGCCAGACUCUUCUUCAGUGAAAUGCUGAAUAACAGAUCACCUCUGUCUACAUGAAUGUCAGUUCUGACCAUUACUAGUUUUAAGAGCAUUCAGACAAAUGGUGGACAGCAAGGGGGAAGACAGAGAUAAAACUUCAGCCUGUUUGAGAAAGCCAAGUGAGAGAAGCAGAAGUGAUGUUUCAGCCAAAACAUAGUGGGUGGCCUGUGGAGGUUAUACACACCUCAUUACUGUAGAUUUGGGUCAUCAAGCAGAUGCUUGAGCCAGUGCUUAGGAGGAUCAGAUCUUCACAACAGCAGAGAGCCUUGGCUUUACAACUGCCAGAGUUCUCCAAGACUUUAAAAUGCAUCUCAGCACAGUAAUUAAAAAGGUACAUAAAACAGAAGUUAACAGAAGUUAACUAUACAACUAGGUAGUUUACAACUGAGCCAAAGAAGAGCUAGAAAGACUCGUGAGACUUUCUUCUCCACAGCUCUUCAACAAGAUGGUUGGAUUUUCCAGCAGGCCAUUUCCAUGGUAGCAAGAGAAAUCAGUUCAACUCUCCUCUCUUGCCAUCAGAACUACCACCACCAGCGGUACCAUGUGUGUUUGCAAGGAUGGAUGACGGGUGAAUGCGAGUGAGGGAAGGGAAAUGCCCUUGAAAUCAAUGUAAUGCAAAAGCUAUGCUUGAGCUUCACAUGGUAACAGGCACCCUUCUAUUUGUAUAUAAAUUCAGCAUGGAGACAGUAAGGCACGUUUGUUGCAAAAUUUGUACUGCUGUAUGAAGUUGUGUUCCAUGUUUUGCUGUGUUCAAAAUGGCAUGCUUACAAGAAUAAUAAAAUCUCUGUGUUCCAACCUGCAUCUGUCCUGGAGAUCAGGAUCUUCCAGAUCCAAACUCACAGCUGCAGGAGGCUAAGCACUGUAGGGAAGUGCUUCAGUUUACUGGCUAGAAAUGCUCUGAAGUUUACAAACUCUCAAGGGAACUGAAACAGAUCAAGAUGUGUGGAGGAAUAUAAACAGCUCUCCAUUGUGAUAUUUGAACACCAAGGUAUCAAAACAAGGGUCAGAGAGGUUACAACAGAUCAGAGCAAUAAGGUAAAUCUUAACUAAGUGUCAGAACUGCACAAGAAAGCUGGAUCAAAGUUAAACAGGCUGAGCUCUGGG